AUGAAACAAGCUACUGCAUCUAUUUCAUUAUUGUCACCAUUCAAUAGUAAAACAAUUGUACUCGAACUUGGCCGUGAAAUAGGCUUCAAAGCUAAACAAGAAUUGAUCAAUUAUUUACGAGAACAGCAAGCACAUAUUUCAUAUAUUUUGACAGCUAGUACUGAUUAUGUUUUGACUACGAAUAAUGUAGAUAGCUACAAGAUACGUCGUGCUAAACAGCUUGGCUUACCACUCGUCAAUGUUCAAUAUGUAUACGAAUGUCGUUGUUUGCCACUGGGUCAAACUCCAAUUGAUAUUAGCAAAUUUAUUAUCAAGUCAGCUGAAGAUCAAGAAAAUUUUAGAAAAACUGGUACUAUUUCCAUUGAAGAGUCUCGAGCAAAUGUGACUAAAAUCAAUAAAUUCGAUUUGACUAAAAUCAAACUAUGGAAUUCAGACGAUGCCGAUUUGCCUCGUUUUGAUGAGUUGACAAAUUGUGAGAUUGGCAAAUGGGCCAUUUUCAAAGAAACUAAUGAUAAUUCAAGUGUAUUUUUUAUUCUUGAACUUCAAGUUAUUCCUGAACAGUACUAUGAUCGAACAACGAGUGAUUAUCGACUACGAUUUCGAUAUGAAAAACAGAUUAUGAUUGGCGAAGAACAACAACAUGAUAAAAAAGUGUUGAUACAAUACGCAUUUGGUGAUGAUCCAAACGAACAACAACAAUUGUUUGCAUCAUACUAUUAUCGAGUAGCUACAAUGCCACGUAUAACACGAAUUCGUGAGAUGUUACCAAAUAAAUUAGGAUCAAAACUAUUGUUACGCUCUUUAUUUACUCAUCAUAUCGAUACACAGAUACUUGAUGAAAAUGUGUGUCAAUUGAUCGAAUCAAUUUGGUUAGAAUCGAUUGGUGAUCUAAAUAAAAUUUUAAGCAUAUCACCCGAAUCAAUUUCUCUUAAAACCGUCAUUGAAGCUGAAGCUACACUGCUUGAAGUCAAAUCGACCAAUAAUCCUACAGCUGCACUUCGUUUCUAUUCACUUAUACCACAUCGAUCACAGUACAAUAUUGAUCUCAUCAAGAAUCGUCGAGCAUUGACCGACAAAAUAGAUUUAUGUCAAAUGCUUCGAGAUAUGCUUACAGUUAACGAACUAACCAAUUGGAAUUUAAAAGCACCAAUCGAAGCUAAAUAUCGAGCAUUGCAAUGUCAUAUUGAAACAAUAGCUAGUUCAACAUCUGAAUUUAAGAAUAUUGUUAAUCUUAUUCAAUCAUCGAUAGAUAGCCGUGAACAAAUUAUUAUUCACAACGUAUUCAGCGUGGCUAAGCAAACUGAUAUAUCCAAUUUUUGUACAACGCUAUCUAAUCAACGGCAACUAUUUCAUGGGUCGAAAUAUGUCAAUUUUCUUGGGAUUCUUUCACGUGGUUUAGUCAUGCCUAAAAUAGUAGUAGAAGACUUGGGUGUUGAACGUACGGAUGUUGGUUGUCUCGGUUAUGGAAUUUACUUUUCUGAUUGUGCUUCGACAUCUUUAAAAUAUACAACAGCAAGCACAGUACGACCAGGUCGUCGUUUGUUAUGCAUUUGUCAAGUAGCACUUGGCGAAACAGCUAAUUAUUAUUCAUUUUCACCAACUCUCAUCAAGCCACCUAUUGGUUUUCAUAGUACGCAUGGAGUUAAACGAACAGAAGAUAAUUGUUCAAUGUUUACUGAUAAUGAAUAUGCAAUCUAUCAACUUGAUCAACAACGUUUACUCUACAUUGUGGAAGUUUCAUGGGCACUGAAUGAUGCUCUCAAUAUCGAAUUAGAACGAUUAUCAAUUGUUCAUCAUCAAGAACAUGCAUUGAAAUUGAGUGAACAUGUUGAAGAUUUCACGACAAUCAAUGAUGAGACUAUUGAAAUAGCUGAACAAGACUAUGGUUUAAUAUGUCCAUCAUCAGGAAAACUUGUACCACUUAAAUCAUGUCAUAUUCGUGCUCAGAUUAUUGAUGUUACAGUUGAAGUUGUUCUCUAUCAAGUCUAUUACAAUAUGAGUUCGAUACCGAUUGAAGCUAAAUAUGUGUUUCCUCUUGAUGAAAACUCAACUGUAUGUGGUUUUGAAGCACAUAUUAACAAUAAAGUUAUCAAAGGUGUCGUUAAAGAGAAAGAACAAGCUAAACAAGAGUAUCGAGAAGCAAUUAAAAAGGGUCAUGGUGCCUAUUUAAUGCAUCGAGAAGAAGCUCAAGUGUUCAGCGUUGCUGUUGGUAAUUUACCAGCACACAAUGAAGUGAUCAUCAAGAUAACCUAUGUUGCCGAAUUAGAAAUCGAAAAUGAUGAUAUUAUUUUUCGUCUUCCAGUUAAAAUGGCUUCAUGGCAAUCGAAAAAAGCAAUCGAAAGCAAAGAUCAAUCGAUUCUACAAUCUUUUAGUAUUGUCGAUGAAAAAGUUAAAUUUAGUUUUAAAGCAUCAAUUCGAAUGCCAUACAAAAUAGUGAAAUUAUUUUCACCAACACAUUGUCUUCGUCGAAAAUUAACUGAUUGUAUAGCCAUGAUCGAACUUAUCGAUAAUGUUUUACUUAAUCAAGAUUUUCUUCUGUCGAUCACACUCGACACUCCUAAUUUACCCCGAAUAUCAAAUGAAACAUUGUUAUUAGAUGACAACAGUGAAAUAACAGAUACAUUGAACAAUCACAAUUCUCAAGCAUGUAUGCUUACCUUUUAUCCACGAUUUGAAACAUUGACGAAUUCAAACAAACAAGUUGAAAUCAUUUUCAUUAUUGAUGUAUCAAAUUCAAUGGAUGGUAGUCAUGUACAACAAGCUAAACAGUUAGCUCAUUUGUUUCUUAUGAAUUUGAAAAUUGACGAUGAAAAUACAUAUUUUAAUGUAAUCACUUUUGGAUCGGAUAAUUAUGAAUGUUUUCCUAUAUCAACACGAAUUACACAAGAAAAUCUUGAUAAAGCCAAACAUUUUGUUCUGCAUUCACUUGUUCAUCGUGGUAAUACGAAUUUAUUUACUGUUCUUCAUCGUUAUUCACUAUUACCAUCAUCAUUAUCGUCGAAAUUUGGUCGUCAAUUCAUUCUUCUAUCUGAUGGACAUAUUCAUGAUCUCAAUUCGAUUCUUGUUCUACUCAAACGUCGACCAACUAUGCGUCAUGAUCGUUUAUUUACAUGUUCAGUUAGUAAUGUUGCAAACAAGCAUGCUUUGAAACAGUUAGCGAAUGGAGCAAAUGGAGGUGGUCUAACAACAAUAUUCGAUUCAAACUAUCGAUCGAAAUGGAAAAAAAAAGUAUUNAAAACUGCAAUGCAAACUUAUAACGAUCACGAAUGA